AUGGAUCCUCCUCCGAAACCGUCGACUGCACUGUUCGAUGUCUACCUCCGACUGCGCCCAUCUCCUGCACCCGGCGCGGAACGCUUCCUCGACGUCGAAGAGACCGAGCAAGGCAUCCCCACGUAUAUCACCAUAAAGCCCCCGGCCACCGAUCACAGGAAGCGCGCUGUCGAGAAGUUCGCAUUCACAAAAGUCUUCGAGGAAGACGCUACGCAGCUCGACAUAUUUAGAAGCACUGGCGUCCUGCCGCUUAUCGAUGGCGUCCUCGGCGCAGAAGGACGCGAAGGCCGUGAUGGCCUUUUGGCGACUCUGGGUGUCACAGGGUCCGGAAAAAGCCACACAAUUCUCGGAUCCAAGUCCCAACGCGGCCUCAUCCAGAUGACGCUAGAUGCACUAUUCCAAAGUACCGGCGCCCUGCUGGUUGACCCCUCUAACACGCCAUACGUCCUACCUUCGCUCGCAAUCUCAGACGUCUCCGAAGCCCAGAUACUCCCCGCUUCCGCAUUCCUUGACUCCCUGUACGGCGAUGGCCAGUCCGAGCGCGGCAUCUCAUCACGGGCGCAGACGCCCAUGCUGCCUGCAUAUAUAAAGGACAACACCUCGUUCCUGUGCUUGCCUCCACCAAAGCGCAACAAUACCUAUAUACCGCGCCCUUCGACCAUGCCGCAAUGCCCCAGUGUGGACGACCUACCCCUCCCCGCCGCCGACCGUACAGCUGAAUACGCCAUUUUCGUCUCAAUGUACGAGGUUUACAACGACCGCAUCUUCGACCUGUUGACCGGAUCCGUCACGGCCACAGCUUUCAAAAAUGGGCAGAGCAAGCGUCGCGCGCUGCUAUUCAAGAGCACGGAACAGAGUCCCGACCGGAAGGUCGUGGCCGGCCUGAAAAAGAUCGUGUGCGCGAGUCUCGAGGAAGCGCUGAUGGUGCUUGAAACGGGAUUGGUGGAGCGCAAGGUUGCCGGAACGGGCAGCAAUGCCGUUAGCUCGCGGAGCCAUGGCUUCUUCUGCGUCGAGGUCAAGAAGCGGCGAAGGGUGGGCGGCGCUGCGUGGAGCAGUAGCACACUGACGGUCGUGGACUUGGCCGGCUCCGAGCGCGCAAGAAACGCAAAGACAGCUGGCGCGACGCUUGCGGAAGCGGGCAAAAUCAACGAGUCGCUUAUGUAUCUGGGACAAUGCAUGCAGAUGCAGUCAGAUGCCGCUGACGGAGGCAAAACAAUCGUCCCCUUCCGCCAAUGUAAACUGACCGAACUCCUCUUCUCCAACUCUUUCCCCACAACCUCCAGCUCUACCCACAGCCACAACUCGCAUCACCACCGCAGCCCCCAAAAAUCAAUCAUGAUCGUCACCGCCGACGCCCACGGCGACUUCAACGCCACAUCCCAGAUCCUGCGCUACUCGGCCCUCGCGCGCGAAGUCACCGUCCCCCGCGUCCCAUCCGUCACCAGCACGAUCCUAAACGCGCCGAGUAUGAACCACUACAACGGCCGCAGCUCACCAACCACCGCCGCAGCCAGCCUCGCCGAGCUCGAGGCCGCUGCCGUGGAGAUCGACCGCCUGAACGAGGAAGUUAGCGUGCUGAGCCUGCAGCUGAAGGAAGAAACGGCCCGGCGCCAGGCAGCGGAGUCCUCGUGGCGGGCUGCUGAGGCGCGGAUGGAGGAUGUUGAGGCAGAGGUGCGAGAAACCGUAUACGCUGAGUUCGAGGCCGUGCUUGCACGGGAGCAGGUCCGGUGGCGGGUUGCAUGGGAAGAUGAGGCCGGAAGAAAGGAGGAGAUGUGGGAUGCUAAGAUUGAUAUUCUCGCGCGGGAGUUUGGUGGGGUGGGGGCGGGGGAUGAGGAUAAAGAGAAUGAGAAGGUGCGGGAGCUGGAUGGAGGGGAGGAUGAGGAUAGGGCUGGGGAGCUUGAGACGGAGAAUGAGGCGUUGAGGAGGAAGGUGGAGAUGUUGGAGAGGGAGAUGAGGGGGAGGACACCGAGCAAGAAGAUGAGGGUGCUGAAGGCGAGGAAAUGGGAGGUCGAGGGAGGGCUGAGUGGAAGUCCGUAA